GCUGGCGUGACGUCACUCAGUGUCUGUGGGCUCUGUGGUCAGUAAUGGCGACUGGGACCUCAACUGAGAGCGACGGGGAGCGAGAGGGUGAUUAGCCCCGGGGACUCUUCGCUGCCGGGGUAGUGCUGGUUGUUUUGGGGCCGCAGGCAGGCCUCGGCUGUCCAGGCGAGAAGCUUCGCUCAGAGUCUGGGUGUAUAUUUUAGCCGCAGGGGAGGCCCCUCGGUGUCAUAGUGAGAAGCCCCAGGGACAAGAUGGGGAACUGCCUCAAGUCUCCGACCUCUGAUGAUAUAUCCCUCCUGCACGAAUCCCAGUCCGACCGUGCCAGCUACGGGGACGGGACCGACGGAGACCAGGAGCCGCCGCCCCCAUACCAGGAGCAGGCUCCGGUCCCGGUGUACCACCCCACUCCAAGCCAGAGCCGCCUCGCAACGCAGCUGACCGAAGAAGAGCAGAUCAGAAUAGCUCAAAGGAUAGGACUCAUACAGCAUCUGCCUAAAGGCGUGUAUGACCCUGGCAGAGACGGCUCGGAAAAGAAGAUCAGAGAGUGCGUGAUCUGUAUGAUGGACUUUGUGUAUGGGGACCCCUUACGAUUCCUGCCCUGCAUGCACAUUUACCAUAUGGACUGUAUAGAUGACUGGCUCAUGCGAUCCUUCACUUGCCCUUCCUGCAUGGAACCAGUGGACGCAGCUCUUCUCUCAUCGUACGAGACCAACUGAGACCCUCUGGACCCUAUGUCACAACACACGGCCCAUGGAUUUUGUUUUUAGGGUUCCAUUCCUUUUCGUUCUGAGCCCAAAGAACCCCAGCAUAGGGAUUAGGAGAGUGCACACAAAUCCUAGAACCUUAUCAGCUGGGAAUGUAGAAAACACAACAUAUAUUUAACAAGUGAAGCAUGUCUAGGAAGAAUGUAACUGCAAACUGGACCCCCCAAGGUUUAAAGCCGCAGCCC